AUGGAACUCAACACCGAGAUUUUCGUAGUAGCUGCUACCCUGGCCGUGACUGUUGCCCGGCCCCAACAGGGACACGGUCAUGACUCCCACCACCACGCUGUUUCCUCCCAGCACAUCCAGCGUCACGACGUGCCCGGCAAGGCGCCCGAAGGCCACCACGACUACUACGCGCACCCUAAAUACGAGUUCGAGUACAAGGUAGAGGACCCGCACACCGGUGACCGCAAGUCCCAGCACGAGGCCCGCGACGGCGACGUCGUGAAGGGCUACUACAGCCUGCACGAGGCCGACGGCACUGUCAGGAUUGUGCAUUACACUGCUGAUAAACACAGCGGAUUCAACGCCGUGGUUACUCGGGAAGGACAUGCCAAACAUAUUGUUCCUGCUCAUCACCACUAA